CACCGGCCUAUGAGAUAUUUUGAUCAUAUAAUCUCAACAAGUGUUGACAACUGGGAUUCUAUGUCACAGCCCAUCUCUGGCCACUGGCACCCCCAUAAGCUCUGGUCGUUUUACCGUGUCAUCACCUGAUUGGUAACGACCAGGCAGCAUUCGCCCUUUCCGACUCCAUCUCCCUCUCCACGUCAAUGUACCGUGUCAUCUCGCACUGUGAAAUGCAACCUACGGAUACGCUCCGGUAGUAUAUCCUCCGAAUCCUCCUUUCACUGUAUAAAAAGCUACCCAGCAUCGAAGAUUCACCGUCAGAUUCUUCCUCUGAUCUUCUCAACAUUCUAUUCUUGAAUUCGUCUUCAAUUUUUUUUUGGCGGGAAAGCUAUGCAGGUCGAUAACCUUAGGGGAGAUAUUCGUGCGGCGAUCGAGGAUGCUUCGCCACCAUCAACGCCGAGGAAGGUUACUUGGACAGAGGAUGAAGUGGAUAGGGACGAGGAGGAGCUGUUUGUGCCGCCUCUGAACUUCGCGAUGGUUGACUAUGGAAUAUUCAGGUCUGGUUUUCCUGAUUCAGCCGAUUUCAGCUUCUUGAAAUCCCUAGGCCUGCGUUCGGUUAUAUGUUUGUGCCCGGAGCCAUAUCCAGAGGUCAAUAACGAGUUCUUGAAGGCUAAUGGGAUUCGCCUUUUUCAGUUUGGAAUGGAUGGAUGCAAGGAGCCUUUUGUAAACAUCCCAGAGGAAACAAUUCGCGAAGCCUUGAGAGUUGUUCUUGAUAUUAAAAACCACCCAAUCUUAAUUCACUGCAAACGAGGCAAGUUUACUUUGCAGCACCGAACUGGUUGUCUUGUGGGCUGCUUGAGAAAAUUACAAAAAUGGUGUCUUUCUUCUAUAUUUGACGAGUACCAGAGGUUUGCCGCCACCAAAGCGAGGUUGUCAGAUCAGAGAUUCAUGGAAUUGUUUGAUAUUUCCAGCGUGAGGAGGCACUAGCCAAUAUCUUUUUCAUGUUCAAAGAGACAAUAGAAACACAUUGUGGUUGGGUUUUGGAGAAUGAAUUUACGGGUUAAGAUGCAGUUUGUUACUUUGUUUCAAGCAUAUAAUUUUAGGAGUCGUGUAUCAUAUCAGCUCUCUGUCUAGGUCCCUUUUUUUCCUGAGAUUGUUAGGUCGUUCCCUUUUGUUUCUUGUAUAGAGGCUUUAUUUUCUCAACAUCUCUGGUUUUGAUGGAGAAGGCAGUAUGAAUAAUUGAUUUUUGAAUCAAAUGGAUUAUAGAGGACCCUAAAGAGAGUGCAUCAAUGACUCAAUUGGUUCC